UAUUAUCGUACAAAAUUUCGUUUCGCAAAAAAACACGAAGAAGAAGAAAAACGUUGCACGUCACGCAGAAAAAUCUUUUCGACAGCAGGUCUCGUAAUCGUGAAUUAUGACAGAGAAAACUCAUAAGGAUAAGAAGCGUAACGAAGCGGCGACAUGUGGAGCUGACGAACGAAGAGCAAAAGUGGGGAGCGCCCAUCGCGAGUGCUUCUUGGUCAACAUUCAUACCGCAAGAUAGAACGAUUAAUUGCAGUUGUACCUGCGUCACCUGUGCGCGAACGAGAAGACUACGCUUCUGCGUCAAAAAAAAAAACACACGCUUACUCUUCGAAACGCGGUGACUCGUUUUUCUACCGCGCAUUCAUUUUCGUGAUCAUUUCCUCGUUAGAAAUACACUUUCCACGUUACUUCAUCGAGUUUGCACGAUGCGACGAGGAUCUGUCAGCAGUUGGCAGUCCUACGGACAGCGAAACUCCGAUUGCAUGAUGCAAACGUAUCAGGGCAACACGGCACUGUCCUCGCCAGGCGAGGAAAUUGUCCAUCAUCGGAAGGGCGGGUGGUUUUUAACUUACAAAAAAAUUCUUUCUUUUACCGCCCUGAUUGUAAUCGCGGUGAUCGUCGCCGGUGUGAUCGGCUGGAACAUCGGCACCAUGCCCAAAACAAGAACGUACGAUUCUUUAGCUCUCAUCGAUGACGAGACCGAGGAGGAUGACUUUGUUGUCUCGAUAUCGCCUUUCGUUCAUCCCUCAAGAUAUCGUCUCGAAUUGUCGCCGUCAAACAACGUCGCCAACGCGACGUCUAAGUUAAAGGGGCAAGUCGUCAUUGAGUUUCGCGUCGACGAAUCCUUAAACAAGUUGUCUCUUAAUGCGAGAAACAUCACGACCACGCAUUACAAGCUGUCGCUCAUAGAGGCGAGUAACGCACUGGCAAAGAGGAGGCGAAGAAGACGCGCUGAAAAUAACGAUGACAGCAGCAGUCAGAACGCGGCAAACGAUAAUGCCACAGUGUCGAGUCUGUUCCCUUCGCAACUGGACAAUCAGGAAACCACACGCGGAUACAUUACGGACAAACCUCUGGAAAAUGCGACGUCUUCUGGCAACGAAACUUCCGCAUUCGAUGACAAAUUCGCGAACGCGACGACAUCCAAAACAGAAACGUCCCUCGGUAACGAAAAUGUAACCGAAGUGGAAAUCGAAAGAUACGAGGUGGAUGAUAUAAACGAUUUGCACGUGUUACAUCCGGCCGUUGAUAUGAGGCCGGGAACGUACAGCUUGGAGAUCGAGUACGAGAUCGUACCCGAUGGCAAGGCGAUUUACUCGGCGAGCCUGAACGAUUCCAAGGGAAAGUCAACAAUCGGCACGCAACUGAAGCCUUUGGGAGCAUCGCAUCUCCUACCAAUUUUCGAUGACGUGAAUCUCAAGGCUGUCUUCUCGGUGUCCGUGAUACGUCCGCGUGCUGGAACAAAAGUCCUUACGAACAUGCGUCUUAACGUCUCCACAGACACAUCGGACGAUCGGGUGAUCGAUACUUUCGAUGACACUCCAUUGCUCUCGCCUUACAACUUGGCUCUCGUGAUAGGCGAAAUCGAAUCGUUGGGCGAGACAAAAGCCGGGCUCGAUAAGACCACGUCGACAUUUUGGGGCGACCCGAAGAGAGGCGCGCGAGGAAUAUAUCUUCUCGACAAACUCGACCAAGUCGUUGCACGUCUGAACGAUUUGUUCUCGACGCCUUAUCCACUACCGAAAUUGGACAUCGUCGCGCUACCUUCGCAGAUCGUCGAUAACACUGGAAGUCUCGGAUUAAUAACGAUGAGGCAAUCGCACUUCUACGCCGCGGAUCGAUCUCCCAUGGUCACGAAAACCGACGCGUUAAGUGCUCUGAUAAGCCUGAUAGGAGAACAAUGGCUGGGUGGUGUUGUGAACAUGAAGAACUGGACAGACGUUUGGCUUCUUGAAGGCUCCACGCUUUACUUGCGACACUCAAUGAUUGACGAGAUAGACUCGUCACUGGGCUCGAAUCACGCUUUUCUCACGGACGUUCAAUGGGACGCCAUGGAAGAGGAUGGUUACAGCGCAUCGAAACCUUUGCUAUCGAACGUCAAUCCCGCUCAUCUGGAUUUCUCGGACGACAACGAUCGACAUAAGAAAGGUGCAUGCUUGAUACGCAUGUUGCAUGGCGUGAUAAACGAUACCGCCUUUAGGAAUGGCUACCAGAAAUUCAUAGCGAGGUGGAAGUACUCAACGGCAAAUCUCGAUGAUUUCUGGACCGCAAUAGCUGAAGAGGCCAACGGUUUACCCGAGCAAAUUAAUCUGUUCGACGUGAUGAAUUCGUGGAUUUCGCAUCGCGGAUAUCCGAUCGUUAGCGUCGCGAGAGAUUACGAAAGGAACACCGCUGUUAUUCGACAGCAAAGAUUUACGUAUGACCAAUCAUCAUCCGACGCUCGACAACCGACGUGGUACGUACCGCUUGACUAUAUUAACAAAACGAGCGAUGAUUGGUUAUCUCCAAUGAAGACGUGGUUGCAUUCUGAAGAGGAAUUGACGGUGAAUAACGUUGGCGCACGGGAUUCUUGGGUCGUGUUCAAUGUGAAUAAAACAGGUUAUUACCGUGUGCAUUAUGACGAGGAAAAUUGGAAGCUCCUGGCGCAGACCCUCGAGAAAAAUCACGAGACCUUUCCAACGGAAACCAGAGCGUCGCUCGUCGACGACGUGCUCGGGCUCGCCGCAGUCGGUCUGACAAAAUAUGCGACCGCUUUCGACUUUAUUAAAUAUAUGCAAAUGAAGGAACGGCAUUACGCUCCCUGGGGCGUUCUGAUGCGUCAUCUGUUGAAGCUGAACGGUCUUCUGUAUGAGACGUCGAGCUUCAGUGUCUUUCAGGAAUUUACAUUGAGAUUUACUUCACAACUAUAUUCAGACGUGGGAUGGAAGGUCGAUGAGGGAUCACAGCUAACUUUGACCGCCCUGACGAUAGCGUGCGUGUUCGAGAACGCGGAAUGUCUUGAAUGGUCAAAGAAUCAUUUUGAAAAACUGAAGGAUCAUCCAAAUACUCUAGACGAAGUCGUGCCGGCAUACGCACGCGAAGUGCUGUAUUGCACAAUAGCGAGAUACGGCACGCGAAACGAAUGGAACUACUUCGUCGAAAGGGCGAACUCUACCACAGAUCGAGAAGAGAAGAAUCGUCUUUUAUCGGCGUUUGCGUGCUUCCAGACACCGUGGAUCUUGCAAUCGUUGCUCAGCGAGUUGCUUGAGGGGAAGAUUUACAACGAAGUCGAGACACAAAGGAUCUUAAGAAGUUUCCCGCAAAAUCCGGUUGCCGCGCAAAACGCCUACAAGUUCGUGCGAAAUAAUUGGCAAAUUAUCGUUACAAGAUUUGCGAAAUCUCGAGCGAUCGUGAAAGCUUUCGCGUUUGCGAUGACGAACGGCUUGAUCAGCGAGGAAGACUUGGAAGAUUUCCGAACCUUCAGCAAGGACAAUCUCAAGAGCAUCAAGACCGUGGGACACACCGUGGCGAUGGUCGAGGCGCGCGCCAAUUUCGCGUUAAAGUGGCUGAGGAAAUCCCUGCCGGAGGUUCAGGAGUGGCUGACGGCGAACAAUGCCACGGAGACAUCGACAUGAAUAUUGGAGAAAUCCUUCGGGCGCGAUACAACGAGGGAGAGAAACACCUCCCUCUUGUACCAUUAUCUAUCGAUUCUCAACCGCGCGCGUUGCGGCUCUCGAUGUUCCGGCGCGAAAAAAACAAGAGAACUGCGAGCAAACUUUUCUACGACAACAAGUUUUAUUUUUCUCCGUAUGCUUUUGUCAAGCAUGAUUACAAAACCAAGCAACAAGAAUCUCGUCUUUAUAUAUAUACAUACAUAUAUAUAUAUAUAUAUAUAUAUGUAUAUGUAUAUAUAUAUAUAUAUAUCGUGUAGCUUUAAAACGACGGUGGGUGUCGUUAGUGUAUAAUUAUUAUUAGUUAUUGGUAGGUACAUAUUUAACAAACGAUAUACAUAAUAAUAUCGCAAUAAUAUCUAACGAUGAUAAUUAUUAUUCCAAUUGUUUUUUCUUACCGGUGUGUGUGUAUGUUUUAACUCACCGCGCGUUUUGUUUUUUCCCCCUCACGUUAAAUGUCGCUCUAUCGCUAUACGGUAUACACUCUUUUUUUUUAUAUAUAACACGCUAUGUUUUACCGGUACAAUAAUCUAUAUAAAUCCGUACCAAACAAUUGGUAUUAUCUUCUUGCUUCUCACCCUUAGCCUAAACUCUCUCGUUUAAAUGCAUCAAGUACGGUAUUCGCAAAGCUAUUAAACACGCGGUUCAAAAGUUGGAAGCGACGGCGAUGUAUAUCGUCUCGCCGACUUCUCGGGCUGUUUAUUACAGAUUAAUUAAACGUCACGUAAACGCGUGCACCAGACACAUUGCUUCUCUCAUUCUCGUGUACAAUUUUACCAUUUUUGCGAGAUCUUGAAAUUAGCGCCGCGUAAUGCCGGUUUUUUACAUACUUCGAUUUCACCGAUUCUUCAACGCUAAACGUGUUCUCUCUUCUACUGUUUCGCAUUUGCGAGUUUACGAAAGCACGUUUAGCGAAGUUCGAGUUUUCGCAUCGUCAAGUACACAUCUGAGAUUCUCUUGAAAAAGUUUCGAAUCGGGGACGUAAAAUUCGAAUUAAAUCAAAGACGUUUUGUAUUUUAACGCUACGUCGCACACAAGUUUAUUUUUAUCACAUAUAUGUAAGUAGAUAUAUAUUAAAUGGAAGAAUUUCGUAUUGAAACAGAGCAAAAAACUCUCGCAUUAAAAAAUGCACAAAUUUGUGCUACGGCAAAUAAAUUUCUCGACGUCUCUCGAGAGUAACUUGCAAAAUGUUUUUAUUCAACGCGAUAACACGAUAGUAAACGGGGGAGAGUUACGUUUUAUGUUUCGAUUUCCAAUUAAAGGAGUUAUUUUGCAAACAAGACACGUCAACUUUUUUAACAAUAAUAACAAAUUGACGAAUACGUUUGUUGUUACAGCUAUACGUUGCAAAACCAUAAAACAAAUGGCUUAUAUCGAUUUCUGUUUCAUCAAAAUUCAUUUGUUAUUCGAGGCGUUUUUUUGCAUGACACACGUUUAAAACUUUAUACGAAAAAAAUUCCUUGUUUUUGUAAAUAACUCCUCCAAUUAAUUGGUUGAAAAAAAUCUCGAUCGUUUAUUGUCUUCAUGCAAUUCACUUGAUUUUGUCGAAUGUAUCAAAGUCACAUUUUUUUUUUUUAUUCAAUGCUCCAUUUUGAGCUCGUCAUUGUCUCUCUCUUUCUAAAACGAUCGCGUGUAUAUAAAUCGCGCGACACGACGAUGAAAUAUGUAAUAAAAUCGUUGAAACACACACUUUGAGCGCAAGCGAACACGAUUCGUCGACUGCGUUAUUUUUUUUUAGUGUCGCAUUCGUUCCCAAAACCGCGUUGCCAAAAAGAGUUACGUUCUUUGUUAUGUUUCGUGUGAUACUUUUUUGUUUUUGUGUUACACAAGCAUUUCAUCUCCUUCGAAUGCUCUGUCGAUGCGUUUAAUGCAACAGCACUUUGUACGUCAAUGUGUGAGUUCCAUGCUCUUCUUAUCGUGUUAAUAAAUGUUAAUAAAUAACAGCGCUCAAAUUCUUACAUAAAGUGAGAAGUGUCAAUCGCGAGAGCCGCAAAUAAAUAAAUAGAUAAAUAAAUAAAUAAAUGUAUUUACAAAAGCUAGCGCGUGAAAAACAAAAGAUUUUUAGCGCUAAUUUAUUUUAUUUUUAACGUACCAAUGGCAACUUUUUUAAAACCGAAACUUGUUUUGUGAAUGAAAUUUGUUACCAACACUGGUCAAUUAAAUAUUGAAAUACAAAAUCAUCACAAAAAUGUCGUUUUACUAAAUAACAAAUAAAACCGACAACUUUUUUUUAUAGUAAACUAAGAUAAAUAAUUGAUUAUCGA